AUGUCAUAUCUUGACAAUAUUGAAAGACCUAAGAAUGACCUUGAAGAUGCGUCGUUCAACUUCUUAGUAGAGCAGUUGUUUACAAAGCUUGAUGUUGUGAGCAGUGAAAAUUUGGGGCCGUUUCCUAAUAUUACGUCAAAGAAGAAUUAUAUUAUUGAAUCAUUUAUUCAACAGUGGAAACAAUUUAUUGGCAAAGACAUUUUUCCAGCAGCCCGAUUAAUCUUCCCUAAUAGAGAUAAGAGACUUUAUUUUAUCAAAGAUGUGGUGCUUGCGAGAUUAGUGAUCAAAAUGUUUAGCAUACCAAAAAAUUCUGUGGAUUACGAUAAGCUAUUCAACUAUAAAAAACAUUACCAUGGUUACAUGCAUUUGAAUAGGUAUGCAAACAAGCACCUAAGGUCAUUGCCGUUAAUUAUAGCCCAAAUAAUAUCCGAAAGACGGGACCCUAGUAAGAUUGUCAAGUCUACUUUGACCAUCAAUCAAAUUAACGAAAUUCUAGAUGAGCUAUGUUCACCAGAAGCAACCAAAAGUGAAGUUCAAAUAAGAAUAUUGAAGCCCGUGAUAGACAAACUAACAAUUGAGGAAAUCAGAUGGUUCACCACUAUGAUUUUGAAAAAAUCAAUACUUGCAUCAUUCGAGGUCAUUUUCUUUAGAGCAUGGCAUCCAGACGCUCCUAGGUUAUUUAACAUAUGCAACAAUUUGUCCAGAGUAUUUUGGUUAUUAACAGACCCUGAAAAGAGACUUGAACCAGAGCAAUUAAAUGUUCAGUUAAUGUAUCCAUUUCUACCGCAAUUAUCCCAAAAGCUUUCUAUUCUGUAUGAUCUGCUAUGUAGCAAAAUGAAUAAUGAGUUUUUCAUCGAAGAGAAAAUGGAUGGAGAUAGAAUGAUUAUGCAUAUGGAAAAUUCUAGAUUCAAAUUUUACUCCAGAAGGACAAAAGACUACACGCUAUUGUACGGUGCUAACUUACAAAUAGGAUCCUUAACAAAGCAUUUGCGUAAUGCUUUUAACCCUAAAGUCAAAAGUAUUAUUCUCGAUGGUGAAAUGGUUGCUUGGGACUAUAAGAGAAAUUUAAUAUUGCCAUUUGGCACUUUAAAGGCUUCGGCUGUUCAAGAAGCUGUUCGCCAAUUCACAACUACUGAUGUUUUCGAGCAACAGUCUUCCUGGCCUUUAUUUAUAAUCUUUGACAUAUUGAAUUUGAAUGGUAAGGAUUUAACUAAGUAUCCACUAUUUUACCGCAAAGACUUGUUGCAUAAAGUAAUCAACCCAGUUCCGCAUAAGUUCGAAAUAUUGAAGUACAUCAAAUGUAAGGAUACCCACGACAUUAAGUUGGCAAUCAAAAAUAUUAUUUCGGAAAGAAGUGAAGGAAUUAUGGUCAAAAACACUAAGCUGAAUUACCAUGUUGCGUCAAGAAACAAUUGUUGGAUUAAAAUCAAGCCAGAAUACUUAGAACAGUUUGGGGAGAAUCUUGAUUUAGUUGUGAUUGGAAUUAUACCGGGAAUCAAAAACUCAUACAUUUGUGGUUUAAGAGACAGUGAUGAUAAAGACAUUUUCAAGUCAUUCUGUACUGUUGCAAAUGGGUUUUCCGAGAAUGAAUUCAACAAAAUAGAGAGGUUGACAACAGGUAAAUGGGUUGAAUAUAAGAAGCGUCCUCCACCAGAUGACCUUUUGAAGUUUGGAACGAAAAAACCAACUUCCUGGAUCCAUCCAAGGGAUUCAGUUGUUUUGGAGAUUAAGGCAAGGUCUAUUGAUUGUACUUAUUUAAGUACUUACGCAGUUGGUACAACCUUACAUAACCUCUAUUGUAGAGGUAUCAGGGAGGAUAAACUGUAUGAUGAAUGCAUCACUUUGAAUGAAUAUAAGGAGAUAAAAUUGAAGUAUUCCAGCGAAUUUAAUAAAUCACAGUCUAUAGUUAAGAAUAGGAAACGGUUUAUUAAUUCUUUUGAAGAAAAAUUAACAGAAGAUAAGAGAGGACAUACAGAGGUGAUUUCUAAUUUGUUCGGAGGUUUUAAAUUUUUAAUAUUUUCUGAUAAGCUUAGUCUUACAACUAAUGAAAGAAUUUCGAUAUUAGAGAUCGGUAAAUCCGUCAAAAAGUAUGGCGGUGAGAUUAUUCACAAUCCAUUGAACCAACCUGGAGAUAAGCAAAUUGUAAUUCUAAGUGAAAAGCUCACAACUAAAUGUGAAAUCUAUUUAAAAAAGGGGUUUGAUAUUAUUAAGCCGGAUUGGGUAUUUGAAUGCAUAAGAAAAUGCUCAAUUAUACCUUUAGAACCUUCCCUCAUUUUGGAAAGUACAAAUGCAACUAUUCUUGAAAAUGCUCGCACUCGGGUAGAUACUUUUGGUGAUAGUUACGUGAUUAAUGUCCAUGAGCCGGCAUCCACGUAUGCCAAGAAGCUUAAAAUAGAACACUCGUUACCUAAAGAAAGGCUUCGCGAAUAUACUGAAGAUUUCAUAAACGAGUUAAAUCGCCAUGAUAUUAGCCUCCCUCUUGGGUUUUUAUUCCACAAUGUCAAAUUCUACUUAGUUAAUCUUAGCAUUGAUUAUGAAUGGCAAAUAAAGUUAUUGGAGAGAAAAAUAGAACGGUUUCAGGGUAAGGUAUCAUCACAUUUAUCUGAUUGCUCGUAUAUUCUUGUCCCUAACGCUUUUAACCAAAACUCACUGUUGAGAGACAAUUUAUUAUCGAAGAUUAAUACUCUUAGCAAAAAAUUAAGUGAAUCUGUUAAUUUUGACUCUCAAAGUAUGUCUAGGAUACCUAGAAUCGUUAAUGAGACUUUUAUUGAUGAGAGUAUAAAGUAUAAUGUACUAGUUGAUCCUCAAGAUCAUUUAUUUGUUUAG